AUGAACCAGAGUAGACCUGAAUGGACACAUUGGGACACAGACCCAGGAAGGCCGGUGAACUUCCUCAGGUCUGGUGGAUUGCGGGAAUCCUAUGGAAGGCCAGAGGAAAAAGUGCUCAUCAAUCGUCACGAAGUCACAAUUACCAGAGAUGCCUGGGACAUGCAGGAGUUCAUCACUUAUAUGUACAUCAAGCAACUCCUUCGACAUCCAGCCUUCCAGCUGCUCCUGGCCUCGCUUCUAGUGGCUAAUUCCAUUACCAUCGCUGCGCGCACUAACACUUACCUUGGCCAGCAACACUAUGAGUUAUUCUCUGCCAUAGAUGACAUCGUCCUUACAAUUCUCUUGUGUGAGGUUCUGCUCGGCUGGUUUAAUGGCUUCUGGAUCUUCUGGAAGGAUGGAUGGAACAUACUCAACUUUGUGAUCGUCUUGGUGUUGGUCUUGGGACUCUUCUUUGAAAUAUUCAAUGCCAUUGCCAUCGUGUAUACCCUGAGGGUAUUGAGAUUGGUGCAUGUAUGCAUGGCAGUGGAGCCCCUGGCCCGGAUUCUCCGCGUCAUUAUGCAAUCUGUGCCCGACAUGGCCAACAUCAUGGCUCUCAUCCUCUUCUUCAUGCUGGUUUUCUCUGUUUUUGGGGUCACCCUCUUCGGCUCUAUGGUCCCUGAACACUUUCAGAACAUGAAAGUAGCUCUUUAUACCCUCUUUAUCUGCAUCACCCAAGAUGGCUGGGUCGACAUCUAUGAAGACUUUCAGAUGGAAAAUAGGGAAUAUGGGCUGGAGAUCGGGGGUGCUGUUUACUUUGUCAUCUUCAUCACCCUCGGUGCUUUCAUCGGCAUUAACCUGCUGGUGGUUGUUGUAACCACGAACCUGGAAGAGAUGAUGAAAGAGCGGGAGAGAGAGCAGCAGCAGGAGGUGGCUACUUUUGCCACCCUGGAGAUGAGCAAAGAGGACUACACGAGCGACGAGAAACCAGAACUUCAGCUCGUGCACUGUAAGGAAUGCCUCGGGGAUUGGAGCGGGGUAUCGAAGCAGGAGCCGUUUGCUGGGGGGAUAAUGCAGAAUCUGAACGAGAAUACCUGUGACAACUUCUGCCUGGUGCUCGAAGCUGUCCAGGAGAACCUACAGGCCUACAAGGAGAUCCGGGAAGAGCUCAACAAGAUUGUAGAGGAGGUUCGCUCCAUCCGCUUCAACCAGGAGCAAGAAGAAGAGAUGCUACAUCGGAAGUGGAACCGGAGCUUUUCUGAGGAGAGCGCAACCUCGGUGCACAGCCAGGACAUCCUCUCCAGGCUCAUGAGCAAGGACAAGGGUCUGGAAAACAACAGCAUUCUUUAUGGGAAGCUUAUGAUGAAUCGAUGAAAGGGCAGGACCCAGGACAAGAACAGCUGCACCCACCCAGCCUACUGGAUCUGCCUGAAGCCCGGGCAUGACCGAGGAAAGUCCCUCCUGCUCUUCCAACCCCCCAGCUCUCCCCACCCUGGGAUUGCAGUCACUGCUCCAAUAGUCAAUUUCUUCCUCAGAGCUCCCAAUGGGCACAGAGGCCUGGACAUGGGGAGGGCAGGAUACCUGGGCCCCACACCUACUCCCCCACUCCACCAGGUGCCAAGGAGAAGGUUCCAUGAGGAAGCCUGGACCCUGGGUGAGGCCUUGGGUCUGGAGAGAACAGUCUGGUCUGUAGGGCUGGUGAGAAUGGCUGUCUUAGGAUGGAGAUGGGGGGAGAUAUGGGAUGGACCUGGCUCCAGGAAGUGUGAAUAUUCACUGCUGAAUGGGGCACAUCAUAGUUAAAUUCUAAAAAUUUCCAGGG